GGCAUUAAAAGUUAAGCUUGUCCACUGGCCAAGUAAGCAAAUUCCACAUCUUAAACUGAAUCUAAAACUCAUUGUUCUCCGCUCAACUGAGUUUGGUGUCCGUUGUUCCCACUCUCCUCGGUCCGUGAAUGCAGCAUGAAGACCUCUACGUCACUUUAAUUUGGUCACGGGAAGUGUAGUCUAUUUAAAUAUGUGUCCCUCGCAUUGGGAGACGCUGGAGACUACAAGUUCCAGACUCAAGAAUGCGGAAGCUGCGCAACAAAAACACCGUGAAGUCGCGUGCUCAUCCACCGAGAAGAUGUCUCAUCUCGUUAAGAAAAGAAAAUUGGACAAAACCCGCCAGGAGCGACUGUACUUCGACAGCUACACCGAUGUGACCAUCCACGAGGAAAUGAUAGCGGACCACGUCCGGACCAACACGUACCGGAUGGCCAUACUGCGGAACAGCGAGUCCAUACGGGGCAAAGUUGUCCUGGACGUCGGGGCGGGCACCGGCGUGUUGAGCGUGUUCUGCGUUCAGGCCGGUGCGAAGAAGGUCUACGCCGUGGAAGCCUGCUCCAUCGCCGAGCAGGCGGUGAGAAUAGUUGAGCAGAACGACAUGGCGGACCGCAUCGAAGUCAUUCGCGGCACGGUGGAGACGGUGGAGCUACCGGAGAAGGUGGAGGUGAUCGUGAGCGAGUGGAUGGGCUACGCGCUCCUGCACGAGUCCAUGCUCAACUCGGUCCUCUACGCUCGCGACAAGUGGCUGAAGCCAGGCGGCGUCAUCCUGCCGAGCAAAGCCGAGCUCUACGUCGCGCCCAUCGGCGACCCGGUGGUGGAGGAGCGCUUGAACUUCUGGUACACCGUCAAAGACCAGUACGGCGUCGACAUGUCGUGCAUGUCCGACUUCGCCAGGAGGUGCCUCAUGAACUCCGACAUCACCGUCAACUCCGUGACCGUGGAGGACGUGCUCUCCCACCCGGCCCGCUUCGCCGAGCUCGACCUGUACUCGGUCACCGUGGAGCAGCUGCGCUCGGUGCGCGGCGAGUUCCGGUGCGAGUCGUUCGGCUCGGCGGCGGUGAACGCCUUCUGCGUCUUCUUCACGGUGACCUUCCCGUGCCCGGACCCGCCGCACGCGCUCUUGCUCUCCACGUCGCCGUUCAAGCCGGAGACUCACUGGAAGCAGGCGGUGCUGUACCUCGACGCCCCGGUGGACGUGGUGCAGGACACGGCGGUCCGCGGGGAGAUCAGCAUGUUCCCCUCGGAGGAGAGCGCCCGGCACAUAUGCAUCCACGUGGACUACGCCAUAGGCGAGCACAAAAGACAGUCCAAGACCUUCUCCAUCCCCGACUGGAGCGGGGAGGCCCAGUCGUAGUGUGGGGGCAUCAACACGUAGUGUUACAGUCCAAUCACCCUGUUGUCAUCACAAGGACAUACAACCUGUGGAGGGAUAGAAGCAUGGGGACACGUAGAGGAGAAUUGCUGGGAAGGCCCUCAGCAGACACCUGUACAUACACAUGCAAAGGUUGGGGUAUGACCCAUAGAAAAAGAAACAAAUCCAACACACAAAGAUUAGUAGAUUUACUGCUAUUAAUAAGAAUACUUCCCACUGUCCUAUAACACAGAAAUACAGUUUUGAGUCUGCAGUCCCUUAAACACUCUUCAUAGCAGCUGCUAAUUUGAUGUUCAGAUUGUAGCCAAUUAACAAUCGGUUUUAUCACAUUAAACAAAACUUGGCCAUGGCAAGAAGCUCAAAGUCCUCCCACAUGAGUAAUGAACACUUUUAGGUGUGUGUGUGUGUGCAGCUGUGUAAAGCCGAGUGAGGGAGGUUUCAUCUGAGCUUCUACCAGUUGUUGAAUAAAUCCAAUGCCAUACUGCA